AUGUCGCAGUUCGUCGCAUCCAACUUCGCGCGCCCAAAGCCUCGCCACCUCCCCGACCUGCCCCCCAUCAAACGCGUCAGCGACCGGGUCGUGCGGAUCCUCGGUAUGAACCCUUCCGAGUUCACUCUGCAGGGCACCAACACCUACUUGGUAGGGACCGGUCCGUCAAGGUGGCUCAUAGACACCGGCGAGGGCAGGCGCGAGUACAUCCCGCUGCUCAGGAAGGCCAUGGAGGACGAAGGGGUGACCGGCCUCGAGGGGAUCUUGCUCACGCACUAUCACGGGGAUCACAUCGGCGGACUCCGGGACGUCCGCGCGUUGAUGAAGGACCUGGGCGUCGACGAACCGGUCCUCGCGUACAAGCGCAUCCGCGCGGGUAACGGCGAGCGCGCCGUUCGCACCGACGAUAACCCUCACGGCGACGUGGACGACCCGGAGCGAAGCAGAUGCUACGUCGACGUGCGAGACGGCGAUUUGUUCCGAUGCGAGGGCGCGACUAUCCGCGCCCUGCACACCCCGGGCCACACCCCCGACCACGUCGUGUUCACGCUGCAGGAGGAAGGGUGCAUGUUCGCCGGCGACUGCGUGCUCAACGGCAACACGACCACCUUUGAAAAUCUCGGCGAGUACACGGCGAGCCUUCGGCGGAUGGCGGAGGCGCUGCCGCGGGGCGGCGCGCUUUACCCGAGCCACGGCGACGUGGUCGAGGACGGGCACAAAAAAUUGGAGGAGUACAUGCGUCACAGGUCGAUGCGCGAGGAGAUGUUCAUGGAGGCGCUGAAGGAGGACUGGGCGACGCGGCCGGAGCGCGGCGGGAUGACAGCCUCCGAGCUGUGCCGAGCCGUGUACGCUCACCAGGUUUCGUAUCUGGUCCUGGUCACGGCUUGCGAGGGGAUCACGCGCCAGCACCUGGCGAAGAUGACGGAGGAGGGGAGGGUGAUCGCAGAGGGAGGCAGGGGCGGGUGGGGUUGGCCCGGGGAGGUCAGGUACGUCCCAGCCGCCGGGGAGAUGGCGCGGUGA